AGCGGCGCGGGCGCGGCGGCGCCGGUGGCUGCCCCCAUGCUUGUGCGGCCGCUCCUGCUCACCUCUCUCCUGCUCGGCACAGUGUCUACCCUGCGCUCCGCCAGCGCUCAAGCCCGCCAUGGCACUGCACCAGCACAGUUGGCCCGUACCUCGCCGAUGUACCAUGUGGAAGCAAAGCCCAUCGUCCUCAUUGAAAACUACACGUUAUCUCCUGAUAUAGAUGAAGAAAAUAACUUGGGCACUGCAAAUAAGAACAGUUCAAAAAAGGAGCUACAAGAUAUCAUCAACAAUUUAAAUGAAAAAUGCAAAAUAAACCUAUCCGGCACUUUCGACAGUAUUGGAAAGCUGAUAAAAGCAUUGAAGAAAUUGGAAGCAGAAGAGUUAGCGGCCUGUAAUAUUUCAAAAGAUGCAGCCAACUUCGGAGGAAAUUAUUUUCUAAUAUCUGAAGAAGCAAUUGAAGGUCCUCCAGGAGAAGCAAUUCACACAGAAUUCCCUUUUUUUGAAGAGUUUGCACCCCCUGAAUCUGAAUUAAUUGAGGAGAAAACGACAGAAGAGGAACCAGAGAUUGCACCCCUUGAAGUUGAAGUAAUUGAAGAGGAAACAACAGAAAAUGAACCAGAGAUUGUCAUCCCUGAGAUAGAAAUUAUUGAGGAAACUGCAGAAGAUGUGUCGGGCCCUAAAUUUGAAAUUAAUGAAGAGAACUCAACACAACUUGUACCAGACACUACAAGCCCUGAACUGGAAAGUCCUGAGGUCACCUCAAAUGAUUCAGAAAUCGCAUUAGUAUCAGUCCCUGAUUUACUGCUUAAGAGGAAGCAGUCACAUUCAAUACCAGCUAUAGGGUAUGUAAGUCCUGAAAUGGAACUUGCUGAAUUUAAGGCAGCUACCUCAACUAUCGCCCCAAUACCAGAUUUGGGCUUUGUAAGCCUUGAAAUGGCAGAGCAUGAAAUUGAAUAUCACCCGGAGAAGAUAACCACAACUGAAUCUGAUUCGGACAAUGAAACCACGGAAAUGUCAGACUAUGAAAUUAAUUAUAGGGAGACGACAACUGUAUCAAUACCUGUGUUGUACGUGGCAAUGCCUGAAGAAGCAGUGAUUCAAAAUCCAACGAAAGAAUCAGCACAAGAAAUACUUGUCCUAAAACCUGCAGAUGAAAUCCCUAAAACUGUCUCGGAAUUACCAACACUUCCAGUAGUUCCAGUAUUAGAGUAUGAAGAGGUACUUUAUCCAGACCCCGAUGAGAAAAGGAUUCAAAAGGUUUUACAAAACUUUCAGCGCAAAACUAAAGAAGAUCAGCUGACUCAUGAAACAAAAAAGAAAAGAAAAAAAAUGUCGAAAAGGAAUGAACCUUCUGAAGAUUUGCAAGAAGAAAAUUGGUCACCAAUGGAAAAAGAUCAAAAGGCCACAAAUGUAGGAAGUGGCAGAAGCCUUCCAGCCUUUGACGGUGAUGGUGACAGUGACGAUGAAGACCCACCAGAAGAAAGCCUUCCAGACAAUGACAGUGACAUUGUUGAAAAGAAACUGGACGAGCUGGAGGCAAACAUAAUGUCUGAUUCUGAUGAUGACACUGAACUUCAACCAGUAGCCAAUGAAAUGAAGGAUUCAGAUACCAAAGAUGAAGCUUUUGACGAACUUAUGGCAGAACUGGAUUCAUCAGACGACGAAGUCAAAAACGAAAGAUCCAAACUAAUGAACGGUAAUUUACAACGCAAAUUCACAGAUGAUGAGAUGGUGCAGAACAGCGUCAACAGGCUGCGAUCCGACCAACCACAGGUAUCUGCUAGACCGAUAGACAUUGAAUUGAUAAAUGUGAAUGAAAGUACAGGUGAAAUAACCAAAGAAGAAUUGGUAGAUGCCGAUUUAAUAAAACCUAAACACGUCGUUGGCAAACAGUCCAUGAGAGAUAUGGUGGAGGAUCUCAUCGCUGCCAGCCUGAUUGCUGUGUUUGUCAUUUUAGCUUUAAUUGCAAUGUUUUAUACCGUCUCCUUUGUCAGAUCCAAAGAGAAAGAAAAAUGUCCCACAAUAACCAUAAUCGAAAGUGGAUCUCCAGAAGGCACAAGGAAAUAUACCGUUGGUUCCUCAAGAAAGCACGGCACACCCGUUUGCUAUGGUAAAAUAGUCAAGACACCACGUCACCGCCAAGGGCGACACAAACGUGAUAGGAUACCAAUUCAUAAAACAGUUUCAUCCAAUAUUUCUACAGAAACAAGCCAGAGAACCACUGAAACGGUUGCUCUCCCACCUCCUCAGAUAAGAGAUAUUUGCCCACGGCCCCUUCGCUCACGUGUCUCCCGUGCAUACUCGCCUCGCCCACUAUCUCCACAAUCAGUGUGCCCUUGCGCGCGACCUACACAGUUACAACCCACAUGCCCAACCCUCAUUCCCUGGUCGCAACAACAAUAUCAACCGAGAGAAUCUAAAAGAUCAUUAAGAAGAGACUCAAUACAAGAUUACCAAGCUACGCCGUUCUCAACCCCAAGAAAGUUAUCACUGCAAGAAGUUGAGUUACCCAUUUCGCCAAGGCAAAUACCAUCACCGGAUUAUCAACCUUCACGGCAGCCAACUCCAAGGAGGUUAUCACUGAGAGAUUCAACAUUGACUCAAGAAAUUACACCGAUAGAUUUACAAGCUUCGCAGUACACAACCCCAAGACAAAUGUCACUGCAAAAUGUGGAAUUACCUAUUUCAGAUAUGAGCACAACACAGCCACAAUCUCAAGCCUCACAGCCCCUAUCGCCAAGAAAGGUGUCACUGCAAGAUGUAGGGACGCAUAUUUCACGUGUAGAUACGACACAGCCAGAACAACAAAUCUUACCGCCCCUAUGCCCAAGAAAGGUAUCAUUGCAAGACAUGGGACUGCCUGACCCAACACUGCCAGAUCAUCCAUCUUCACCGAUCGUAACCCCGAGAAAGUUAUCGUUGCAAAAAACAAUCUCACCCCCUUCAUCUCCACCUGCUACAUCGCCAAGAAGGACGUCCGAUGCAGGAUUGCCUGUUCCACAGGAGGAUAUGCCAAUGCCGGAAUAUCCAGAAUCAUAUCACUCAAAGAGAAUAUUGUUUAAUGAGUCGGCUCCAGUAACUGAUAUUAGAGAAUUGCCCACUUCGAACAAGGAGGCAAUACAGCGAGACUAUCUAUGCCAAUUUCCCUCCCCCCCCAGGAAGUCGUCACUUCCUGCUAUAGCACCAUACUUCCAAACUAGUGAAGGUCCAAUGCAUUCUGUUCCUGACAAAGGUCUGAGGAGUAUUAGCCGAGACAGCCACAAACCGUUAUCUCUAUCAGCCCCCCGUCUUUCAACCAUUCGUUCAUCAGUGAGGUCACAAGCAGGCAUGCAGUAUCCAUACCGACCGGAUCCGAAUAGUGAUGCUCCUUUUGCAAUGAGGAGGUCAAGUGCUUCAAUGCAUGCUCCUGACCCGAUUUCAGAAGCCUACGAUACUUUGGACUCGGAUGGUCCAGAGAUUAUCAACAGAUCACCUUAUAUGUCAGAUGAUGGUGGUGAUUUAAGUGUUGAAUCAUAUGCUGAUCCAGUCAUUCCUUCACAAUACUCUCUAUCCCAAGCCCCCAUAUCACCAUUCCUUCCUCAGCCCAGGCAAGUAGCCCAUUCCAGAUCACAACCAGCAUCAUAUGCUAAUCUACCACACACAUUCUCACAUCCUGCUCUCCAAACACUCAGGACACCAUCUAUUAGUGGGCCAAGUUCGACCGCCUUUCAGCCAAAUCAGUUUGCAUACCAAGGCGGAGUCUCAGCAGGAGAUUUUAGUCCCAGGUUACAAUAUAUUCCUAAAGAAAGUGCUGUUAGAAUGCAGCAACCAGUUAGUGUCCACUCAUCAGUAUACCCAGUAAGUCCUCUUCCUCUAGUUUUCAGCCAACAGCCCAUCACCCAGUCACAAAUGAUGUACCGAACACCCAGCUUGCCACCAUCUCAACCACAUUCAAUGGUCUCUUUGCCAUACCUUCCAGAGGAAUCCCACACGGCCCACAUGCGUUUAAUGCAACAUAUACCCCGGGAAGAGUAUCCACCACCAGCUUACCUACCUGAUGAAAGGGCAUAUGCUAGCCACUCGUAUAUAGAACAGCAAACACCUUUUACAAACAAUGGUAGACAAUCAUAUGCCUUCCAAAACCAACCAAGCAUGGAUGGUUCAUACGUGAGUAUGCCAUAUUCAGGAUCUCGUAUUGCAACAUCACCGUCAAUACAAGGGUGGAUUGCCACUGGCGCUCCCACACCGGGAGAAGUCAGUAUAAGCAAUAUUCCAACUCAAAGAAGUUUUGGAAAUAUUCCAUCUGAAAAUCAGUCAUGGCAUGAAUCAUUUUAUCGACCAGUGGCUUCAUCGCCAUCUUAUGCAGUAUCACAACAACAAUCUCGUUUCCCAUCAUACCAACAGUUAUCGUCAAGAUCACGGCAGGGACCUGAUUCCAAUGCGUAUUCAAGAUCCCAAGGCGCACUGCAAAGCCCAUUGCCCAAUGUGCCACCACCUCCCUCACCAUCCGCUCGCUCACAAUCCCAAAUCCCGCCAACAGCAUUUUCCUACCCGGCAUUCCAGCCGCUGUCUCCAUUAUCACUAACAUUGCUUCGUGACCAUGCAUCUGACAGGUCACAGGGCGUCCCUUCUCGUAGUCAAGGUUCAAAUCUCUAUGACUCAUUUCGGACCACCAGGUUUGAAGACAGUAGCUUUUUGAAAGGUUCACCCAUAUCCCAGUCUUUCAUACACAAAGAUUACUCCAGUCCACCAAGAUCAACUGUUGCCUCAGUUUCGCAGUCAUUUAAUUUGUCACCACAAAGAUUUUCUGAUGGGCCCAAAAAUAUGGUAUCAACACCCAUCACAUCAAGAGUGCUGUCAGUUGGUAUAGAUCCUGAAGCAUUUCAUACUUCCCUUCAUUCAACAAGUAGCAUCAGUUCUGAAUCCUCAGAGGAAGGCCCUUACAGAUCUGCUCUGAGAAAUGUGGAAGACAUUUUUCCAACCUCAUCUGAUAGUGUGCAUCAUUCACCUUCGUUUAGAGAGAAACAAGCGGGUUUGUCCAGCGACUAUUCCAUCAAUGAAAUCAGCAGCGAUCCCAAUAUAUCUAAUUCACGUUAUUAUACAGCAAGAAGUUUCUUCAAUGAUUCCAGUGAUUACCCAACUAGUGAAUGAAUAAUACAAUUAAAUGUAAGAGAAAAGUAAUUUUAAUGUGAAAAUUAUAUAAUGUAAUAAAAAUAUUCAGAGUAGCAUGAUUAGCAGGCAGCGGAUCACUGAAUAUUGAUUUGAUGUGCCUCUGUUACAUGGCUAGAAUAAAUAUAAAUCAGUGAUUGGACAGCAUGUUACAAAUAAAGAGUUAUUCUAUAAUGAUGAAUAAUUUUCGCUGAUCCUGCAGCAAAUAUUAAUUAUCUCUUGGAGACAAAUAGUGGUCAUUUAUUAGUGUGUGUAAUGCUUGGCUUGUUUCAUUCAGUAAAUUGAUCAUUUGAAGUUAAUAUAUAGACUGGAAGAUGCAAUAUUGUUUUAAAAAAAAACUUUGAACCUAUUGCUUGCCUGUCUUUUUCUAGGGAUGUGGUUCAUAGGUUGCAUUGGAUAGUGCUAGAUCUGACCCAUUCCUCA